GUACCACGGGCCGCGUGUACCACGGGCGGCGCGCGUCCAAGCGCACCGAGUGCCACCGGGCAAGCAAAGCCAAGCACGAGCACUUGAGAAUGUGUCAAUGUUGUGGAUUUACUCUCCAACACACCGGUGUGCUGUACAAGUAAGGAAUUAAAGUGUUUUCUGUACGUGACAAACUUUACUAAUUGGCUGUGUCGGGAGGUGGCAGGUUUAAUGGCACAUUUAUAUUUACGCGAUCUAACCAAAAAAAAACAAAGAUCUAUUAUGCACUUGAAACCGUUUGUCGAGAAACGUGCGCGUUGCACGUUCCAGCGGAGGCGCAGGUUGGUAAGCAUCGCAGUGUGCUCCAAACAUCGCAAGCUGAAACACGAGGGGGGGGGGGGAGAGACAACAGCUGAGGGCACCGCCUCCCCCACCCCCGCCUCCGUGCAUCGCAACGUAGCCGCGUACGGAGCAACGCCACCCACAGCACUCACCCCAUUAGCCGAGACUGCCUCGUGUCGGAGGAGUCCUCUUAGCGAGCGCCUGUGAAGGCGGACGUGGCACAUGAUGUUAAUUGGAGUAGGCUGCGUCCGUCAUCAAUUGGCUGUUUAAAAGCAUUUUUGCUAUUUGCAGGCAGCUAUUACGGCAAAUAUGGUGUGUCUCUAAUUGGAGUCUGGAUAUAUUUUUCAAUUACUAGUUUUUUUAUGUUAUCUGUUAGCGAGCGCCUAUUAAGGCAAGCGUGGCACGUAACAUUAAUUGGAGUAGAUUGUGGCUCUUCUUCUAAUUGGUUCGUUAUACAGGGUGCUUCAAGAAAAUGUGAACACUUCAGAGAAUUUGCAACAAUACCGCGAAAAAUGUGCCACUUCCGGACUCUGUAGACCACCUGGAGAAGAUUCCCGGCACGUGUUGACAAUGAUGGCAAGCAAGUGGAGACUGACUUUUUGAAGAUAUUAACAUUACAUUUGUAAUCAUCCUACAGUAUAUUAGCCGUUAUUUCGCCAAUAAAAAAGGAAAGCCCCACGUUAGUGUUAACAUUUUUUUUGAAGCACUCUGUAUUCUUUUUUUUUCUCCGGGCGAUAUGAUCUCGGAACGCACAGCUUGCAAGACGAAGGUUGCAAGUUCAAAUCCCCCCACCGGGGUCAAGAUCAGCUCAAGUUGUCCACCCCUUCUUGGUGGACAACUUGAGCAACACUCUACGGGGAAAUCAAUAUCUGUUGUUCUAUGGAUGAACUCAGCCUGUCAUAGGAACGUAGAAUUUCCACCAUCCCAGAACUGGUGAGUGCUUGGAUGGAAGAGUACCAGCCAAGGCUAUGAAGAAGACACGAGCACAUCCCCAUCGUUAGCAGAGCAGGAAAUCAGUGACAACUCUCAAUCUGUCUACAAAGACAAAGAUCUCCCGUAGAGCCUUAGACUGUUGGUGAAAGUGCUGUUUGUGAGCACCUAUAAAGGCCGGCAUGGCGCCCGAGAGGGUGGAUGGCCAGCACCACGCCUGGCCGCCUUUGUCUCCCCAGUGGCAAUGUUUCCACACCACGCCAGGUACUCAUUUGAGGCCGAGUCGAUCUAGGGGUGCGCGUGUCAGGACUGCGUCGGUUCAGGAAGAACGGAGCCGCAUGCCGCUUCACGCACGCGAGCGGCGGGCGAGCAGCGGCAAGCGGGCGAGGGGACGAGCGAGAGAGCGGGCAGCUGGGCAGGUGGCGGCCCCGCUCCAUCCACUGACAUCGACGAUCCCCAUGGACUGGCCACGGCUCCCGGCGGCGCUGGUAUUUGCAAAAAAAAUGCUUUAAGAAACGGGAAAGCGCUGGAGAACGACGCUAAUUUGCCACAAGAUCCAGAGCUAGUAAUCCCAUUACCGAAAGUCACGGUCUCUAGAGUGGAGAGCGAAGGAUCAAGCCCCCGUGCAAACCGCCCCAACGCAUCCCACCACCCCCGCCACCCCCGCCUCGCUCGCGGACGGGAGGGCGGGGCGAGCGUUCAUUUGCCGAGACGCUGGGAGCGCGCGGCAGCUCGGCGCGCGCACGCCGGCAAUGCGCGCCGUCCGCCACGCACGCACGGCGUCUCCCUCCUCCUCUUCCUCCUCCUCCGCUGUGCGACCACUUUUGGAGAAGAGAGAGCGCCGCUCGCGAUCACGGCUGGCCGCUCGCCCGGCCCGUCGCACGCUCGGACGCUUCGCAUCCUCGAGCGACAGAGGGAGAAGUGAAUCAACGGCGAAGCAAAAAAAAACGUAAAAGGAACGAUCGCGGAAUGCGGGUUCAUCCGUGCCCGGCCACCGGUGGAUUCGAGGAGCGGUGGCUCCGGUGUCCCCUUGCCGGCGCCACGACGCGUUCCUGCGAGAGAGCGCGCGCGAGCGCAGCGCUGGGGGCACCGCGCUGCACGUGAACGCGCGUCGCGCGUGCAGGGAGCCGGCGGGAGGCACCGCCAACGCAUCCUCAGUGCCUUCGCCGUGCCCCGCGUGACCAGAGCAACUCGAGCACAGGUCACCUCGGCACCCGGCUGCCCAGAGCCAUGGCCCCGCUGCUGCCGCUAAUGCUCUACCUCGUCAUCCUGCUGUCGUGGCUGCCCCUGGUGCUGCCCCUCUGCCCGCGCCGCUGCGUGUGCCAGAAUCUGUCGCCCUCCAUGGCCACGUUGUGUGCCAAGAAGGGGCUGCUCUCCGUGCCGGCGACCGUGGACCGGCGCACCGUGGAGCUGCGCCUGGCAGACAACUUCAUCACGCGCCUGCGCCGUCAGGACCUGGCCAACAUGAGCAACCUCGUGGACCUGACGCUGUCGCGCAACACGCUCGGCGAGGUGGUGGCCGGCGCCUUCGCGGACUUGCGGGCGCUGCGCUCCCUCUACCUGGACGGGAACCGGCUGACGCGGCUGUGCAACGUGACGCUGCGCGGCCUCACCACUCUGCGCCUUCUCACCGUCAGCUCCAACCAGCUGAGCCACAUCGCCAACGAGACCUUCGAGGACUUUAUCACCACGCUGGAAGACCUCGACCUGUCCUACAACAACCUCGAGACGCUGCCCUGGGAGGCCGUGCAGCGCAUGGGCAGCCUGCACUUCCUGGGGCUCGACCACAACCUGCUGGACCGCGUGCUGCCUGGCGCCUUCACGCAUCUGCACAAGCUGUCGCGGCUCGACCUCACCUCCAACCGCCUGCGCACGCUCGCGCCGGACGCGCUCUUCCUGCGCGCCGGCGCCACGGCCGCGGCGGGCGGACCGCUCGCCUUCAGCCUGGCCGGCAACCCCCUGCACUGCAACUGCGAGGUGCUGUGGCUGCGGCGGCAGCGCCGGCAGGACCAGCUGGAGACGUGCGCCACGCCCGCCCACCUGGCGGGCCGCUCCUUCUGGGCGGUGGGCGAGGAGGAGUUCCUGUGCGAGGCGCCGGUCAUCACGCGCCACUCGCCGCACCUGCGCGUGGUGGAGGGCCAGCGCGCCGUGCUGCGCUGCAAGGCGGUGGGCGACCCCGAGCCCGGCGUCCACUGGCUGGCCCCCGACGGCCGCCUGGUGCACAACUCGUCACGCUCCGCCUUCUACGCCAACGGCACGCUCGAGGUGCUGGUGGCCACCGUGCGCGACGACGGCACCUUCACGUGCAUUGCGUCCAACGCGGCCGGGGAGACGACCACCAACGUGCGGCUCGACGUCGUGCACCUGCCGCGUGUCGUCAACGGGACGGCGGGCAGGCUGCGCGGCGGCGGCGGCGGCGCCCCUUCAUCGGGCGCCGGCGACCCCCCGGGCCCCUCGGACAUGGCGGCGCACAAUGGGCACGCGGCGGCCGCGGCGGCGGCCCCCGGGAUCAACGCGAGCGACGGAAAGGGACGGCAGUGGAAGGUGGAGGCGACGGAUGUGAAGUCCACGUCGGUGCUCGUGAAGUGGGCCCCGAGCCGCGGCCUGCGGGGCGUGCGCAUCUACCAGGUGCAGUACAACAGCACGGCGGAGGGGUCGCUCACCUACAGGAUGGUGCCAGCCCCCAGCACGGCGUGCCCCAUCUCCGGCCUGACGCCCUCCACCGACUACGACCUGUGCGUCGUGGCCAUCUACGACGACGGCGGGGACGCGCUGGCCGGCACGCGCCUCCUGGGCUGCGUCGCCUUCCAGACGGGCGCCGGCUGGGACGGCGAGUCGCUGCGGUGCUCCUCCACGGCCGCCGACGCCGGGCCGCUCUUCCCCGAGCAGCUCCUCGGCAGCACCAUGAUCAUCAUCAUCGGGGGCAUCAUCGUCGCGUGCCUGCUCGUCUUCACCGUCGUUCUGGUCGUCGGGUACAGGGCCUGCGCCGCCAACGGCGACGGCGGCGGGUGCAAGUCCGCCACGGCCGCCAACGGACGCUCGCGGACGGGCGUCACGGAGGACGUCGGCGGCGUCGGCGGCGAGGCGGGCUUUAACCGCAACGGGGAAGCCGGCUUCCAGCAGGCGGAGGAGCGGCGGCGGCCCGACCCGGGCAGGAGCAGCACCGAGUCGUCGCUGUCCAACUGCAGCCGUGGGCGGGAGCAGCGGGAGGGCCCCUACGGCGCGCCCUGGCAGGCGAGCGCCAAGGUCAAACCGGACGUCGAGCAGCUGCUGAGCGCGCUCGCCGCGGCCGAGCAGCUGCGCUCGCAGGCGCAGCCCUUCUCGCCGGCGCGACGUUCGGCGUCCGUGCGCUGGGCGUCCGACCGGGACCCGCCGCACCUGUCGCCCGAUGGGUGGCCGGGGCCGGAUUGCGGCGGCGGCGGCGGCCAGAGAUCGUCGACCGAUCUGGGAGCCAAGCGCAGCCGCUCAUUCGACGCCGGGAGCUUCCCGACGCUGCAGGACUGCAGCGCCCAGAGCAAGCGCAUCAGCCACAUAUGGACCAAACGGAGCAUGUCCGUCAACGGCAUGCUCAUGGGCCUGGAGGAGGCGGACCUGACCAGCCGGAGGGCAAUGUUCUCCAGCUCAGACUGGAUUCUGGAAAGCACUGUGUAGCUUCUGCCUGCGGUGCCGCAUGCAGCUCGGAGAUCAUCUCUCUCUCUCUCUCUUUCAAUUGGACAAUUCAUUAUCGCUCGUCUCGCUCUCCCUGCAGGCAGCAUUAAAGGCGGAGGAUACAUUUAUUUUGGUUUAUCCGGCCGACGUCUGCAGUAACGACCUCCCACGGUAGUAGCCCCUCCCCCCUCCCUCACACAAUCUUUUCCCUCCCCCCCCGACCUCCCCUCGUUCACCCCGGUGGUGGAGGGGAUGUCAAAGCGAGACCCUCAAGCCAACCACCACCCCGCGACCCACCCACCGCCUCCCCCCUCACCGCCUCCCCCCUCACUGCUCCACACGGCAAAAAUCAAUCCCGGGCGUGUUGUGUAAACCAUAUUGCGAUAUCACACUACACCACCACCAGAUUUGGCGGUGCUAAAGCAAUUAAGCGGACGACAGCUUAUAAAUCGCUUCGCUUCAAGAAGCCCCGACUGAGGAUCUGGUUGUGUGCCAUGCGCCCCCCCCC